AAUUGUUUUAUUUUUUGUUUUGUUGCUUUUAGAAAAAAUAACAAUUUUUGUAAUAAAUUUUACUUAUAAUUUGCAUGAAAUAAUUAAAAAUUAGUACUUUUAUUUUGUUUUAAAUAAAUAUUAGACAAAAUGUCAUUAGAUGUGAAUAGAGCUGAUGAAAAAAUUUUAACUAGCAUACAGCAGGAGUAUAAAAUUUUAGCUGAAUAUAAAAUGAUUGAAUCGGAAAAGAUUGGCGGCAUGUAUGUUAUACCUUCCUUUGGCAAUUCCCUAUUGUGGUAUGGUGUAAUAUUUGUUAGAAAAGGAUUCUAUGACGAGGGUGUAUUUCGCUUCAAUAUUUUACUGCCAGACAAAUUUCCAGAAGACAAAACCGCGCCGACCGUUAUUUUUCAAAGUGAAAUAUUCCAUCCUUUAAUAUGUCCUUUCACGGGCACUUUGGACCUACUACAUGCCUUUCCACACUGGCGUUGCGGUGAAGAUCAUAUAUGGCAACUUUUAAAAUACAUACAAUCAAUAUUCAAUGAUCCUUUGGAUUGUAUUCGUGUCAGCUCGCAGACAUCGAUAAAAUGGCAAAAUAACGAGGCGGUAGAAUUAUUAACACAAAACCGUGCUGGUUAUAUAGCACGAGCGAAAGAAUCUGUAGCUGCCAGUAAAGAACAUGUAUAUGAUGCAUCACCUACCGAUGAUCCUCAUUAUAUAACAUUUGAAGAGUACAACGACGAAACCCAUGGAUCAAUUAAAGAACGCAUAAGAGAGGGUAAAGAGCCUGCUGCUAAUACAACUAGCACACAAUCGAAAGGAUUGUCGUGGGUAAAGGAAGGCGAAUACACACCUUUAAGUUUGGAAUAGUAGAAAAUAUAUUUUUAUUUAUUUACAAUUUAUCUUUCUUUUCAACAUUUUAAUUAUGUAACAAUAUAUAUGUACGUAGUAUAUUAACAUUAGUAGUAUAGAACAAAUAUUUGUUUAUUAUUGUAUUUCUUUAUUAGAGUUUAUACCAUAACGUUGUGUAUUGACGAUCCAAUCAUUUUGUAAUAAAAGUUUUUUAUCUUUCCACCAUAUGUGCGAAGGUGCAUUAUGUUCACCUUCUUCAAAUUCAAAA